AGCUUCGCUGAUGCUCUGGGUGCGUGAUGGGGGUGGGACCCCGAGCCCGGAGUCCGCAGCACAGCUGUGUGCGGGCGCGUGUGUUUGCGUGGGCGUAGCAUCGUAUCUCUCCGGAGUUCAUUGCUCUUCCAAGCCGCUCGGUCUUCAGUGGUGCCCGAGGCGCCAGGGGAGGUCUGGCUGACCGGUCCCAGCUGGCCGGUGGGCGGCCUGGGGGACGGGGCGGGGCAUCUCGGCCCUCCUCCUCGGCGCACCCCUCCCCCUGGGCGCACCCCUAAGGGAAGAAAAGACUCCCUAGGCUGCGAGGAAAAGUUUCUUCCAGGCAGGGCCAGCUCGGCGAUUCCCCGCAAGCCUUCAGGGUGAGCCCGCUUUCCUUGCUGCGGGGCUUGGAUCCUCCAGCCCACCGGCAGCGUAACCCAGGCCGCCGGGCCAGCGUCGGCCCGGAGGACGCAGGGACAGCCGGGGAGCGCGGAACUACUAGCUGUCCCCGCGGGGACCGUAGGCACCCACCCGCUGGGCUCCCAGCCACUCUCCCCCGCAACUUUGGGUGCUUUGUUCUGUGGCUGAAAAAUGCUCCACCGAAGCGUCAUGGACAGUGUCUUCGCUAGGCAGCAAGGGCUCGGCCGGGAGACGUGUUAAUGCUCUCAGCUCCCCAUCAAUUAUGGAUGGAAACAAAUAAGGAAGAGUCAAUUUUGUAUGAGCCGCGUCUUUGGCGGCCAGAGGCGUCCUGUAGCCGGGAGCAGCGGCAGGCAAGCGAGCCCAACAACCAGGUAGCUAAGUGGGAUUUCUGAGGAAGGGGAGCUCAGAUUUCUUCUUGGCCAACCAUGAGGUUCUUUCUACUCUGGUUCUGCAUGCUGUUCCUUCUGGUCUCCAGGUUACGGGCGGUCAGCUUCCCUGAAGACGAUGAGCCCCUUAACACUGUUGACUAUCACUAUUCAAGGCAAUAUCCGGUUUUUAGAGGACGCCCUUCAGGCAACGAAUCGCAGCAUAGGCUGGACUUUCAGCUGAUGUUGAAAAUUCGAGACACACUUUAUAUUGCUGGCAGGGAUCAAGUCUAUACAGUGAACUUAAAUGAAAUCCCCAAAACAGAGGUCAUACCAAGCAAGAAGCUGACGUGGAGGUCCAGACAGCAGGAUCGAGAAAACUGUGCUAUGAAAGGCAAGCAUAAAGAUGAAUGUCACAACUUCAUCAAAGUAUUUGUCCCGAGAAAUGAUGAGAUGGUUUUUGUCUGUGGUACCAAUGCUUUCAACCCAAUGUGCAGAUACUAUAGGUUAAGUACCUUAGAGUAUGAUGGGGAAGAAAUCAGUGGCCUGGCACGAUGCCCAUUUGAUGCCAGACAAACCAAUGUUGCCCUGUUUGCUGAUGGGAAAUUAUAUUCUGCCACAGUGGCCGAUUUCCUGGCCAGUGACGCUGUCAUCUACAGAAGCAUGGGUGAUGGCUCUGCCCUUCGCACAAUAAAAUACGAUUCCAAGUGGAUCAAAGAGCCACACUUUCUUCAUGCCAUAGAAUAUGGAAACUAUGUAUAUUUCUUCUUCAGAGAAAUCGCCGUGGAACAUAAUAACUUAGGCAAGGCGGUGUAUUCCCGCGUGGCUCGCAUUUGUAAAAAUGAUAUGGGUGGCUCACAGCGCGUCCUAGAGAAACACUGGACUUCCUUCCUAAAGGCUCGGCUUAACUGCUCCGUCCCUGGGGACUCCUUUUUCUACUUCGAUGUUCUACAGUCCAUCACUGACAUAAUCCAAAUCAAUGGUGUCCCCACGGUGAUUGGGGUCUUCACCACGCAGCUCAACAGCAUUCCUGGCUCUGCAGUCUGUGCCUUUAGCAUGGACGACAUUGAGAAAGUGUUCAAAGGGCGCUUCAAAGAACAGAAAACCCCAGACUCCGUUUGGACGGCUGUACCUGAAGACAAAGUGCCAAAACCAAGGCCUGGCUGUUGUGCCAAACACGGCCUUGCAGAAGCCUACAAAACCUCCAUCGACUUUCCAGAUGAGACCCUGUCUUUCAUCAAAUCCCACCCCCUGAUGGACGCUGCAGUCCCCCCUAUAGCUGAUGAGCCCUGGUUCACAAAGACACGCGUCAGGUACCGGCUGACGGCCAUCGAAGUGGACCAUUCGGCAGGGCCCUACCAAAACUACACAGUCAUCUUUGUUGGCUCUGAAGCUGGCGUGGUGCUUAAAGUCUUGGCAAAGACCAGUCCUUUCUCUUUGAAUAACAGUGUCUUACUUGAAGAGAUUGAGGCUUACAACCAUGCCAAGUGCAGCGCGGAGAGUGAGGAGGACAGGAAGGUCGUCUCGCUGCAGCUGGACAGAGAACAUCAUGCCUUGUAUGUGGGCUUCUCUAGCUGUGUUGUCCGCAUGCCCCUCAGCCGCUGCGAGCGCUUUGGAUCCUGUAAGAAAUCUUGUAUUGCAUCACGUGACCCAUAUUGUGGUUGGCUAAGCCAGGGAGUUUGUGAGAGAGUGACCCUGGGGAUGCUGCUGUUAACCGAAGGCUUCUUUGCUUUCCAUAACCACAGCGCUGGAGGAUACGAGCAAGACACAGAGUACGGCAACACGGCCCACCUAGGGGACUGCCAGGAAAGCUUGCCUACUUCAACUACACCAGAUUACAAAAUAUUUGGCGGUCCAACAUCUGACAUGGAGGUACCCUCAUCUUCUGUUGCCACUGUGGCAAGUAGCCCAGAAAUUACAUCUAAAGUGAUUGAUACCUGGAGACCUAAACUGACGAGCUCCCGGAAAUUUGUAGUUCAAGAUGACCCAAACACUUCUGAUUUUACUGAUACUGUAUCAGGUAUCCCAAAGGGUGUUCGGUGGGAAGUCCAGUCUGGCGACUCCAACCAGAUGGUCCACAUGAACGUCCUCAUCACCUGUGUGUUUGCAGCUUUUGUGCUGGGCGCGUUCAUCGCGGGAGUGGCGGUGUACUGCUACCGGGACAUGUUUGUCCGGAAGAACAGAAAGAUCCAUAAAGACGCCGAAUCGGCCCAGUCGUGCACAGACUCCAGCGGAAGCUUCGCCAAGCUGAAUGGUCUCUUCGACAGCCCCGUCAAGGAAUACCAGCAGAACAUAGAUUCUCCAAAACUCUAUAGCAACCUGCUGACCAGUCGGAAGGAGCUGCCACCCAACACGGAUACGAAAUCCACGGUCACGGACCAUCGAGGCCAGCCUCCAGAGCUGGCUGCCCUCCCUACACCAGAAUCCACACCUGUCCUCCACCAGAAGACCCUGCAGGCCAUGAGGAGCCACUCUGACAAGGCCCACAGCCAUGGUGCUUCAAGGAAAGAACACCCCCAGUUUUUCCCUUCCAGUCCUCCUCCCCACUCCCCAUUGAGUCACGGGCACAUCCCCAGCGCCGUUGUCCUUCCCAAUGCCACCCAUGACUACAACACAUCUUUCUCAAACUCUAAUGCCCACAAAGCCGAAAGGAAACUUCAGAACGUCGAGCACCCUCUUACAAAGCCGUCCAGUAAGAGGGAGCACCGGCGUUCUGUGGACUCCAGAAACACCCUCAAUGAUCUCUUGAAGCAUCUAAAUGACCCAAACAGCAACCCCAAAGCCAUCCUGGGGGAAAUCCACAUGGCCCAUCAAACCCUCAUGCUGGACCCAGUGGGAUCUAUGUCUGAGGUCCCACCCAAGGUCCCUAACCGGGAGGCAUCUCUGUACUCCCCGCCCUCAACACUUCCCAGGAAUAGUCCAACCAAGAGAGUAGAUGUCCCCACCACGCCUGGGGUCCCAAUGACUUCUCUGGAAAGACAAAGGGGUUACCACAGAAAUUCCUCCCAGAGGCACUCUAUAUCUUCUGUGCCUAAAAACUUAAACUCACCAAAUGGUGUUUUGUUAUCCAGACAGCCCAGUAUGAACCGAGGAGGAUAUAUGCCCGCCGCCACAGGGGCGAAGGUGGACUAUGCUCAGGGGGCACCAGUGAGUGUCCACCUGCAGCCUUCCCUCUCCAGACAGAGCAGCUACAGCAGUAAUGGCACCCUUCCGAGGACGGGACUAAAGAGGACACCAUCCUUAAAACCUGGUGUGCCACCAAAGCCUUCCUUUGUCCCUGCAAGCACAUCGGUCAGACCACUGAACAAAUACACUUACUAGGCCCCAAGUGUGCUAUCCCUGUGUGGCUUUAUUCCUGUCCCUGCUGUUGAGAGGAAGCUGUGAGGGCACCUUAAGACAAGAUACCUGCUUGUGUUUAAAAGAGAAACAAGUAGCCAAAGAAACUCUGUAACUUUGGUAACAUCAGAACUUGCCACAUGUAGCUACUGCAGCAAGGCUUCGGCUCUGUGUGCUUGCCCGAAUCCAGGGGAGGUACUGGUCAUUCCAUUUCUUUUGUUUGAAGCCGAAGGGAUGUGUAGCCUGGAGGAGCUCCCUUCCCCAGUAUAAAGAGCUGAUACAGUGCUCAGAAGACUGAACAAAUACUUGAAAAUGGGUUCAACGUAGACUGCCAUUAUGUGUGGUCUUCCCAUUAAAUGUGAACAUUUUCCUAUGUAUGCAUUCACCUUGCCUCUUGCACAAAUGUCAAAGUGAGAAGAUGGGAACGUCUCAAAACAAAAACGAGCAGUUCGCUAAAAAUUCAACCUGUGACCCAAACUGUAGCAUUUUUUUUUUCAUGUGUGGCACUUUUUUUUCUGAAUGCCACCAACAAACUGUGUUAAAAGAUGUGUGUGUGUGUGUGUGUGUGUGUGUGUGUGUGUGUGUGUGUGUGUGUGUGUAAGAGAGGGAGAUCUAUAUCCAUUAGGAUUUAUUUAGGUGCCCAUUGCAUCUUUUUGUACUAUGGAGUUGUUUACACUAAGAUGACUGAUAAAGAACUAACUUCUUCCCACGCCCAGUUCGUUGUGUUUAGCUCCAUAAGGAAUAGUCAAGGCUUCUUUGACUGUCACAUGAUCAGCAUAACCUAUGUGGUACCCAAUGUCAGAACAUUUAAGAGUUCUAAGUAAUUUUGUGCUGCUAUUCAUCAGAACUUCUACUCCAGCCUUGCCAGCUUAAGAAGUUAGAGAAACUAAGAGGUAUCCUUGACGUAUCUACCAGUAUUCAGUAGUAACCGUCACCUGUCCACUGUGAAUCAAAGCCUGAGGCACGUUACUUAGCCUUGGACACACUUGCAAGUGUUUCUUUUGAUUAUGUGAUGUUGUUUUGUUAUCCAUAUAGUAAAUUAAUUCCUCUUACCUGCCCCACCCCCACCCAAGGCAAAGAGAAAAAGCAAAA